AUGGCAAAUAAACAGCCCAAACCGGAGUUAGUAGCCAUAUAUCGUCUAGAAUUUUAUAAGAAACAGAAAAAUUGGAAGUUUUCCUGUGAUUCGAAAUCAAAGUCCAAGAGUUUGAAAUCGAAAAAAACACAUAACACAACAUACAAUAUAAAAGCCGAAUCCUCAGACUCUCCAUUGAACAGGGGACUCAUUGAGGAGACACAAGAACAAAAUGAUUAUAAUUGUAAGCAUAUGAAAAUAAUGACAGAAACAUUUGUCUGCAAUGAUGUGCCAGAGAAAAUGUUGAGGGAAAGAGCAUCAUCUGCUGAGAAUUGGCAGAAUUCAGACCACCAAGUGAAUGAGGAAGAAAUAUGGAAAGACGCCGUCGAUGGUGACAGCUGCGGAGUGGACAUAAAUGAGUGGUUCGGUGACAAUCAGGCCUGGUGCCACCAGCCACGAGCUGAGGAAUCUGCUAUAAGUCCGUGGAGUGGCGAAGCCCUUCCGCGCAGUCCGGCCAGACUGUACAGGGAACUGGAUGCUGAGCUUUGGAAGUACGAGACGGAGGGGCGGCGCUCCGGGAGCUCCUCCUCCACCGACAGCCUCGCGGAGUUCACGCGCGGGGCCCACGUCGCGCCGCACUCCUCCGAGCUCGAUCUCACUGACGAAGGUUGCACCUGCAGCCUGGCCACAGACCGGUCGUCGCUGGCGAGACUGACGUCCAGACAGCUCGCGGCCGGCGUCAACCGACAUGCCAAGACACUGUCAAUGUUGCUCAAAGAAACCGCCCUUAGGGAUCGGGCGUCACAGGCGGCCGCCCACCCGGACAUUCCUACCCGGGACUGUCACGGCGGCGCGGGGGGGCGCGGGAGGGGCAGGCUUCACGAAACGCGCGUCAUAGGAAUAGGAAUGGGCAGACCGUAUAGACUACAAUAGGCAGUGCGUGGCACACAGUAGCAACGGAGACGUGUAAAUAUAAUCUUGAUAAGGGUGUGGAGUGUAUAUUCAGCUCAGAUAGAGGGGGGACCACGGACACCGCGAGCCCGGGUGUCUCGGUCAAGCCCUCAACACGGAAUGGCGGUAGUCGAGAAACACCGCACACGUCCACAGAUGACCGUGGUCCCUAUAUGUUAUGUACAUAUUAUUAUAUAUAAUGCGAAUAGAAGGGUUUGUUUGUUUAGCACGCAUUGCCCUUAAAUUCCCGUCGUGAUAAACGAAUUUACGGUAAUUGUACAUCGCACUCUUAGCAACUACACGAGUGGACAUCUUUGACAGCCCAAACUGUCCAUAGAUGUCAGUGACCUGGUUUCAUUCAGUUGUA